GCGACGGAGUUAGUGAAUGCAACCAGUGUCAUGCAGUCGUUGUACCGAGUGCACGUGGAAAACGUUGUUCAUGCAAGGGAAAACACGGAAGUCCGUGGACCACAGAGGCGCUAGAUCGUUUUAAAGAUCGAAACAUUCGUGUUCCGAAAUGAGGUACAAACGCAUCGGUGCUAUCGGCGCAUUUUUAAUCGCGACCUUGUGCCUGUUAUCAGGGCUGAUGUAUUAUUUUAAUCAAGACACUUGUCCAGUGGGAACGUUCCUUUGUUACAAUACCACAAUUUGUCUACCACAGAGAAAUUGGUGCGACUUGCAAAGCCAAUGUCCUCACGGGGAUGACGAACAAAAUUGCUAUGAUUAUCACGGUGUAUUGGACUGGUUUGGCAGUGACAGAGAUUCCGAACCUGUAAGCGAGUUCGUUUGUGAUGCCACCGACAUUCCUGUCGGUUGUAAGUACGUGAAGUGUCGCGCCACUUGUCACGACUACUCGGAAAUUCCGAGAAACCUAUCGUCUCAAACUACUUCCAUAACUCUGUAUGAUAGCUCGAUUAAACGCGUGCCAAUGGGCACCUUUGCGCAAUACUCAGAAAUCCGUAUACUAUAUCUUGAUGGUAGUGAUAUACACGAGCUAGAAAAAGGAGCUUUUCUUAAUUUGACUAAAUUGUUUUGGCUAGCUUUGGAUAACAAUCAAAUUAGCGAAUUUCUGCCUGGACAUUUUGCUGGUUUAACCAACUUGGAAUCUUUGAGGGCCAAUAAAAACAGAAUCACUGUGGCAGAUUUUUCAGACUUAGAAGGGAGCAAUGCUUUACACUUCAUAAAUUUGAAUGAAAAUCAAUUAACUUCGGAAGGACUGAAGUUGCCAGAAUUGCCGGUAUUAAGCGAGAUAUUGUUGGAUGAAAAUAAUUUCGAAUCAAUACCCGAUACUUUGUUCGCUGGAUGUCCAUCAUUAAAAUUACUGAGUAUGCAAAAGAACAAAAUAAAGACGAUCGAAGAGGACACGUUCCGAAAUUUGGAGCAGCUAGUCGAACUUAAUUUGGCGUUCAACGAAAUAACGACCAUCCCGCUGAAUGUAUUCCAACCGUUAAAAAAUCUGACGAGGUUACAAUUAGGUUACAAUCGCUUUUAUAAUUUACCGAUGGCCGUGUUGAGUCCAUUGACAAGACUGGAUUCUCUAGAUCUGGAAGGUAUAAAUUUGGAUGCACUACCAAAAAACGCGUUCGCACUGUUCAAGCAAUUGGACUUCGUCUACUUCAAGAAAUUUCAUUAUUGUGCGACUUACGCGCCGAAAGCAAAACGAUGUCGACCCGCUAGUGACGGAGUAUCGUCGUUAUCCCAUUUGCUCGAUAAAACUUUAUUACGAGCAGCAAUAUGGGUAAUUUCGUGUGUUACUUGUACGGGUAACGUGCUUGUUCUUUGGGGGAGAUUCACAGCCAAGGAUGAGAAUCGCGUAUUAACCAUUAUUAUCCGAAAUCUAGCAGUUUCCGACAUGUUGAUGGGGCUAUAUCUAUUUAUAAUCGCUAUAGCAGACAUAACAUUCCGCGAUAAUUAUAAUCAAGUUGCCAGUUCAUGGAUGUCUUCGUGGUAUUGUACCUUUGUAGGACUAUUGGCAAUGACAUCUUUGGAGGUUUCAGUAUUGAUCCUGUCGUUCAUGUCUCUGGAACGAUAUAUGCUAAUAGCAGCCCCACUGAAAGGUCACCGUACCAUGACACCGCAUACGGCAAUUGCAUCGAUGAUCAUCAUUUGGAUCACAGGAAUUACCCUUGCUCUCGUGCCAGUGAUUCUCUGGCGAAGCAGCACGAGAUUUUACGGCGUAAAUGGAAUGUGUUUCCCCUUGCACAUUGACGAUCCGUACUUAAUUGGAUGGGAAUAUUCGGCCUUCGUCUUCUUGGGAUUAAACCUUAUGGGGCUGCUUACGAUUGGUUACGCUUACACGGGUAUGUUUCUGAGCAUUUGGAAAACGAGACACGCCUGUUCUUUGUCUGUUGGCGAUUCCGAAUUCGCCUUACGAUUUUUUCUUAUCGUUAUAACGGAUGCAGCCUGCUGGGCACCAAUUAUCGUUUUGAAGAUUAGAGCUAUGAUGAAGUAUCCUAUUUCAGCUGAUUUUCACGCAUGGGUGGUAGUUUUUAUACUACCCGUGAACAGUGCAGUCAAUCCGCUAUUAUACACAUUUACCACUCCUAAAUAUCGAGAAAGACUAAAUGAUGGAUGGUUUGGAAAAGUGCGUAACUAUAUGACACGAAAAUCUUCCGAAGAUACGUUUACGGCAAUGAGCAACAAAGAUAAAAUGUUGUCUUUAUCAAAUGGGAAAGAGUAUGACAAUAAAAUUCGAUUUAAUAAGAAGAAAAUGCAACCUAUUAAACGCAAUCGUAUGAUAUGAUUUUUGUUAUAUGUUUAAUUUGUUGUUACUCAGAAGCUCACAGCAAAGACGAGUAAUAUACUUUCUCGCGUACUAAAAAUUAGUUGAAGGUUUUAAGCUAUGGAUUAACAAGUUGAAUGCAAUAUUUGAAUUGCUAAUUGCUGUAGCAGUACAGCAAACAGAAUAGAUAAACAAGUAAGUACUCUGUUGUUAAAGAUUUAACAUAAGUAAACAAUUUUAUGUAUAGCUGUUUUAUAUUUAUACAACGAACUGUUACGUAUAAAAUAAAACAUGAUUUUCUGUAAA